AUGAAGUCCCUCUUGAUCACUCUUGCAGUCUUCUUACUCCUGGCCCAGUUCACCUCAGGUAGCUGGUAUGUGAAGAAAUGCUCCAACAAAAGCGGAAAUUGCAGGAAGAAGUGCAAAAGUGGAGAGACGCCAACAGAACCUCCUUCUUCGAAGUGUCCCAAAAACAAAAAGUGCUGUGUUAUCAUCAACCUCGACCACGUGAUUGGUGGUGUAUGUGACACCAUGAAGUUUUCAACCCCCAAAGGAGCCGGAGACCGGAUUCGAGGAGCAGCUACUCAGAAACCAUUAGGAGGAACAGAAGAAACCACCGACAUUGAAGACGUCACAUCGGGAGCAGCAGCAAGGCCGGGAGCAGCAGGGCCAGGGGCAGGAACUGCAGCAGCAGGAGGGACAGCAGCAGCAGCAGCAGCAACAGCAGCAGCAGCAGCUACCAGUUGA